AUGCCGACGGCCUCCUCUGCCCACCGCUCACUCCUCCUCUGCCUCUGCCUCUGCCUCUGCAUCGCUCUGCUCUCCAACUCAGCCGCCGCCUUGCCGUCGCCACGCGACCUCCGGUUCUCCGUCGAGGACAUCGCGGCGGUGGAGGCCGCGCUGCCGCGCCGCAGCAGGGCGUCGUCCUCCAAAACCACCUUCUUCGAGGUGGACCGCCCGCUCCGCCCGCCCAGGGGCAGCUCGGGCCCCUGCUCCACGCUGCUGCUCUCGCACUCCUUCGCGUUCACGCUCACCAAGCCGCCCGUCACCGCGGCGUACUCGCCGCCGCCGUGCCUAGUAUCCGGCGCGUCGUCGGUGUCGCUCGCGGUGCUCGAGUGGCGCGCCGAGUGCCGCGGGGCGCAGUACGACCGCACCUUCGGCGUGUGGCUCGGCGGCGCCGAGAUCCUGCGCGGCAGCACCGCGGAGCCCCGCCCCGGCGGGGUGGCCUGGUCGGUCUCCAAGGACGUCACCCGCUACGCGGCCCUCCUCGCCGCCGGCAACGCCACGCUCGCCGUGUACCUCGGCAACCUCAUCGACGACACCUACAACGGCGUCUACCACGCUAACCUCACGCUCCACCUCUACUUCCGCCCCCGCGGCGGCGCGGGCGCGCGCUCCUCGCCGCCUUCGGCGGCCGCCGACGCCGUCGUCCCCGUCUCCAGGAGCCUGCCGCUCAACGACGGGCUGUGGUUCGUCGUCCAGAACGCCACCGACGUGCAGUCCGCGCGCGUCGCCGUGCCGCCGAACGCCUACCGCGCCGUCCUCGAGGUCUACGUCUCGUCCCACGACGCCGACGAGUUCUGGUACAUGAACACGCCCGACCAGAACGGGCCGUUCCGCGAGGUCACCGUCCUGCUCGACGGCGACGUCGUCGGCGCCGUGUGGCCGUUCCCGGUGAUCUACACCGGCGGCAUUAACCCCCUCAUCUGGCGGCCCAUCACCAGCAUUGGCUCCUUCAACAUGCCCACCUACGACAUCGAGCUCACGCCGUUCCUGGGCAAGCUCCUGGACGGCGAGGACCACGAGCUCGGGUUUGCGGUGACCAACGCGCAGAGGUCGUGGUACGUGGACGCCAACCUCCACCUGUGGCUGGACCCCAAGAGCUCCAAGACCACCGGCGGUCUCGUCGCCUACGACGCGCCGAAGCUGGCUGGCAGCAUCGUCUCGCACUCCGCGGACGGCAUCGACGGCGAGUACGAGGCGACGGCGAGCCGCAACAUCACGGCCACGGGGUGGUUGAGCUCGUCUUGCGGCAACGUCACCACCACGUUCGCGCAGCGGCUCGGCUUCUCCAACACGAACGUGGUGAGCGGCCACGGCACCGCGCAGGCGAUCAACCAGACGACGGACGCGCUCACGACCGUCACCGCCGGUGCCGCGUCCGCGCAGCAGCAGGUGCACCAGAGCUUCCCGCUCUACAUCUUCCUGGGCGGCGACGGCAGCGGCACGUCGUCGCAGCGGCUGAUGCGGCGCGUGGAGAUCGGGUUCGACGAGACGCGGUCGCGGGGAGGAGGAGCGGCGACGAGCACGCUGCGGAACUCGCAGGCGGCGGCGGCGGAGGUGACGCUCCGGGACGACGCCGUGGUGAGCGCGUCGUGGCGGAUGCACCAGACGUACGCGUUCGGCGCCAGCGACGGCGGCUGCUACCUGAGGAACGUGAGCAGCGUCGGUUACGACGUGCUUUUCGACCAUCACGACGCGUCCUGCGCCGGUACUACGAGCGGCCGCUGA